UAAGAGGACGCAUGUGAAGUCAGACAGCAGUGCACACCACUUGAUAACAUGGGUCCAGUGAAAGGCCUGAACAUUUUCUGGCGAGUCCUGAAUGCAGAAAAAACCAUUUCAGAAGGAGAUGUCUUGAUAGGAGCAGCUGUCUUCUACCUGAAAAGCGAGACAAAAGUGAAGAGCGUUUCAGUGAAAGUGAAAGGCGAGGCCAACGUAAAAUGGACGUUCUCAGACGUCACUUAUGUGGGAUAUCGAAGAUAUUUUAAAGACAAAGAAUAUCUCAUCGCACCGCAAAACAGAGCUAUUGAACUAGCCAAAGGGUUGUAUCGCCUCAAUUUCGUUCUGCGUAUCCCAGAAGGGGACUUUCCAUCCUCUUUUCGUGGAGAUUAUGGGAGCAUUGUUUAUGCAUUGGAAGUCAAAAUUUCCAGGACUUGGCUACGGACCUCCAGCAUCACAGCUGAGCUCUAUUUUCUGUCCAAGUCUUACGCCCUCUUGGGAGGAAUGAGGAGUCGUCAGAGCGAUUCUGUUGAUAAAACGGUGGGCAUCUUCUCUAAAGGUCAAGUCAACAUGAGAGUCACUGCUGACAAAAAAUGUUCUAAAGGUGAAGUGCUCUCCAUCGUUGCCCACAUCAGCAACAUGUCUUCCAAAAAAGUGACGCCCAAGUUUAAGUUAAUACAGACCACAACGUACAAGGUUAAAGACGAGACAAAUAUUGUCCCCCUUAUUGUCAGAAGUGCAACUGGAAACCCAGUCAAAUCAGGCACUGAAGCAAGUGUUGGUUGUCAACUCUCAGUUCCAGAUGAUAUUUCGUAUUCUAUCCACAACUGCUCCAUCCUCAGAGUUUGGCACACCAUCAAGGUGUCCUUGGACAUCAGCUUUGCAUUUGACCCAACUGUGCUCUUACCCCUGGACAUUAUCCCAGCAAAGUAUCUCUCUCCCCCAGAUGACAGUGAUGCUGGUCCUUCAGCUGCCCCUCCUGCAGCCCCUCACUUAGAGUGACAUCUAUGGACCAAGGCACCGCAAACAGAUGGACCGGAGAUGAACUUAAACAUGUCAGUAAAGCUUGUUAGACUGUGGUCUGUAUUGCUACCACACGCAACCUCACAAACACAACAAACAACAACACACAAAUGACAACAGUCAAAUGUACUGUACUGUACCACAUAUACUUGCACACUUGCACAGUAGCAGUUGCACCAUGCUGAUAACUAUUUUGAGACUGAAAUAAAAUGUGAAGAAAAUAA